AUGACUGUGUACCCCCGGGAGUACACAGCUUUGUCGGCGGAUCAGGCCGCGUCCUCCCGGGGUUACACUCUUGUCACGCGCCGACUCUGACUGUGUAUGUGUGUACCCCCGGGAGUACAAAGCCCCUAGUACAAGGUCCUUGGCCGAUGGACCGAUAUCCCUGCUCACUCGACUACAUAAACUAUCACGUCAACGGGGUAGAAGGUAUGCGGUGA